AGACUGGUUUGAUUUUGGUGAAGGUUUAAGACAUGACACAAGUUCCUCCCUGUCAUCUGACGAAAAAUAGAUGAGAGAUGUCCCGUUAGUUUUCUUUGGAAGUAGUGGAUAUAAGUUGAAUCGAUUGGCUUGCUGAUUUAAACCACUAGGAGAUGGAUCAAAAUCAGACCUCAAGCAGCAACGCCAGGAAGAAGAGCUUGUGGGCAGCUGCUUCACUUGGGUUGUUUGUUGUCGCGCUGGUCGGAAGUCAUGUAGCCUUGAAUCGCUCAGACGACAUUGACGAGCACUUCAUGCUCCAGAACCAACACCUGAGCACAUUGAAAUCCCGAGCCUUGGCCGAUCAAGCUCAGAAAAUGGCGAGUAUGACAUCAGUGAGUACAGGGAGACAGCAGUCUUUGGCGUCAGUGAAAGAGUCGCGGUUGGGGGGCGUACACAGCGCGAGAUACGCAGCACUGGUCGAGCCGAACAAAAACCUUGUGAUCAUGCUUGAGAAGAAAGCCAAAGCCCUGAAGGAGCUCGGCCAAGAUCAGUUGGCGAAGGCGAGGGAUAUGAUGCAUCUCGCGCAUGAAGCCAAGAAGGAUGCCUCUGCAGAAAUCAAGCAGGCGGCUACCAUGCGCCUGCUGGAGAAACAGGCGAAGGCAGAGGGAAAGCAAGUUCGUGUGUCGUUUGCCAAGGCAGAAGAGCCGACGCUGAAGGCCAACAAGGAGAUGAAAGCAGCUGACCGAGCGUACAGACGUGAAGCGCUGAAACUUGCUGGCCUGAUCCCAAAGGUUAACGAGUUGAAAUCUGAAAAGAAGCCUGUCCCGGCGUCACUGCUGGCUGAAAUCAAGAACGUGACCGCAGCACUGAAAGCUGACAAGUCCCAGCGUGCAAGGAUUGCAAAAGAGCUGCAGCAGGCUGCUUCCGCCCAGUCAUCUUCCUACUCCAACGCUCAAGGGAACAACCCUCUGAACCUUGAGCUUCAACGACAGGAAUACGAGUUUGAUGAGGAGUCAAUGCGGAAGUAUGAGAUAUCUCAUUUCUGCCAGAUUUGUCAGUCUUUAAGAGUCUCCCACAGGGCCAGCCGAGGAAAAAAGGAGAUGAAGGAAUACAAGACCGAUUUGGAUGAUAGCAGCUCGCGGAAACUCGACGCCCAACGGCUGCUAGAUGUUUCUGCCUGCCUCUUCAAGAACGCGGACUACUACAAGUUUGACGCUGACUUUGUGCGAGACGAAGAUGCAACUUACCAACAAGUGUUGAACCAUUGUGGUGCCUGA